AUGGUUCAAUUAUUUGACGGAGCUUUCUGUGCUGAACUACCAGAAAACUUUCUGAAUGCUAGCGCUUUAAGGCAAAUCCCUGACAAUCAAGAAGUUUUUCUUCAAGAUUCAAAAGAAAACUUAACUCUGAUUUUGGAAUUACUGGAAGCGGUAGAAAAACCUCAAGAUGCAACAGUCGCCAAGUUUCAUUUCGAUAGCAUUGCUUUCGACAAUGACGCUAGUGAUUCUGUUAUUUGGACAGACGUAAAUCUAAGUCAAAAAGACAUUCCUAAAUUCCAUAGCGAGCAGGCAAAUGGGACACGCGCGUUUGGAUGUCAAAAAAUACUAGAAAAGGGAAAAAAGAUAACAGACGCCGCUUCAAAUGUGGCUGUACUUGUGCAUGUAAUCACAUUGCAGGAUUUUGAAACAGACAUUGUAUGCUCUGUAAACAUCCCUUUGUCCCAAACAUUGCCUUUUCCCAAAACGUUAGCAGAGGUGUCUCCUGCUGACGAGGCCGCUUUGCAAACGGCGGACAGAAUCUUAAGUCAAUUUACACGUUCUUUGGUUCUAGUUGACAAGAGCCUCUUUUCUGCAAAUUAA